AUGCGGCUUGAAGAAGCAGAGGUUUUCGUAAACGGGCUUCUUCAACAGCAUAAGGGCGGAUCAAUGACGUUCCAGCAGGUAGCACUUAGAGGCAUGGCGACUGCUUCCAAGCCGCGUGCUAUAAAGGCUGGUUUAAUACUAUCAAGAAUCCCAAUUGUGACGCAGGAAGCGACAACUCUCGAAAAGCAGUAUUACGAGUAUCAAUCUGAGCUAGAGCGCCGACUAAUGUGGACAUUUCCUCAGUACUUUUACUUUAGAAAGGGCACUUUGUCGGAGAAACGGUUUUUGGCCGCGCAAAGAGGUCCAGUCAGCAGGCAACCUGGUGUAUGGUUUCCCAAGGGCGUGCCAGAUGUUAGACACAAUAGAGAAAGGCGCACUAAACAGGAAGUCACGCUGCCCAAAAGUUCAGAGUCGGAAUCUCUGAGUGGUGCAAACAACGAGGACGACGUUUCGAGACCCGUUGUUCCUAAUUCGAGGAUCACAGACGCCGACCGCGAAAACGACACAACAAGCCUCGAAAGGCAGCUGAGCUCAACGCUUUACCUUAUUGUCAAGAAUGCGGCAGGAAAAUGGGCUUUCCCUAGUUUUAGCGUGCCACUUGACUCCGAAGCCAAAAAACCAUUGCAUAUUACCGCAGAAGCCGGUUUGCGGGAGUUGGGCGGACCAAACAUCAACACUUGGACUGUGUCCAACACACCUGCCGGCGUUCUGGGUGACGCACAAGCUACAGAAUUCAUGAUAAAAUCUCAUAUUGUCUCUGGUAGAUUUGUGCUUCAGCCCCAGAAGCAGUACGACGCGUUCGCGUGGUUGACGAAGAGUGAGAUCCAACAGCGCGUUGAAGAAGCAUAUUUCAAAGAGCUAUCAUGCAUAUUAGCUGACAACUGA